AUGGACGAGAACAAGUCUCAGGCUCUCCAUGUUACAGGAAUACUUAUUUACCGUUUACAGCGCCAAGUUGAAUUUUUAUUGUUAAACGACAAUUUUUCUCAUAAGAAACAUUGGACCGCUCCUAAGGGUAAAGUAAUUGGUCUUGAGGACGAAUUAAAAUGCGCACUUCGUAAUACCAUCGAAAUCACUGGUCUUUCUCCAAAGGAUUUAAGAAUUGAAGAUAACUUUAGAGUUGAAAUUAAAUAUCUAUCAGGCACCCGACCAAAAAGAGUAGUAUAUUAUCUUGCUCAAGCAAUUGAUCAUGCUCGCAUAUUCACUUCUGGUGAAGGUCUCAAUUUUCAUUGGCUUACGCUUAACAAUGCCACCGAGAAAGCAAUCUACAGAAGCAUGCAAGAUGUCCUCAGACAAGCCGCUGCUUUCAUUGAAAAAAUCAAGCCCUCGCGAAAUUCUGAUCCGUUAUCUCCUCGCCCGCGUGUUGAUAAACACCAAAGCGAAAAAAACGGUGGUGGCAGCAGUAAUGGAUACUCAUCACCUCUCAGCUCGCCCGUGAUGCCCUUUGAAAAUCCUCUUUAUAAGACGCGUCUUUGUGAAAGAUUCGAGACAGAAGGGUUCUGUCCGUAUGGGACAAAAUGUACUUUUGCCCAUGGUACCGCUGAAUUAAGGGAAAGACCUCUCAUCGAGGAAAAGACCGGGACUCCACCCAUCAGCAAGGAUGGACCCGAAAAUCCACUCUAUAAAACUCGCUUGUGCGAAAGGUUCAUUAAAGAAAAUUUUUGUCAAUAUGGACCUAAAUGCAAUUUUGCUCACGGGGAACAAGAGUUACGGGAAAGACCUGACGUUCCACCUAACCCACGCGAUAACCGGGAUCGCGACUCCGUCGAUCAUAAUUCACAACAGAAUCAGUGGCAUCAUCAUGGCGAGCAUCGAGCCAAUCAUCAAAGUAAUAAUUAUCAGAGAAAUCAUAAUCCAGAUUCAGUAGGAGAUUCAAUUCAUGAUAAUGAAUUUCCAGAACAACCGCAACACGAAGAUGAUGAAUCGGAAGAAAAGGAUGAAAAAGAAACUCGCAAUAAUAAUAUUUAUCAACAUCCACGACAAUAUCAACGUUCCUUCGGUAAUAAUUUAAGUGAUUUACACAAAAGAUCAUCGUCUGGGAAUACUCCAUUUCCGCGAUCAGAAAUUCAAAAUGGAAUUUUCGGUCGAAUUGUUUCUUUGUCAGGUCAUCCAGUGUUGGUCAAAAAAAUAUUUUCUUCAUAUUCUGUAUUUAUAAUUGAACUUAUACCAGUUUUGGAAAUGGGACAAAUUACCCAUUCGUUUUUCAUCUUCAAUGUUAGUGUUAAUGCACCUCAUGCACAAUCUGAAGAAGUGACAGAAACUCAACCUGAAUCUCAUUCGGAACAACUGCAAGAGGUUCCGAAAGAUGAUGAACCGACCGAAAGUCAAGUAUCUGCAGAUAAAAAAUUAACCCCGGCUGAAAAUGAACAAAAAGACCAAAAGGAGAAAAAAGAAAUUGGAGAAAUAGAAAGGAAGGAACAAAAUGAGCCCAAAAAGUCUGAACAACGAGAUCCAUCUCCUUCGUCACCCGCGCCGAGUCCCAAUAAAACAUCGGUUAAUCCUAGACGACGUCCCGCUGUUAAUGAUACAGUGUCAUUAAAAGAUCUUUUAAGCGGAAAUGCUAAACCCGAAAACGAGAAAUCUUGGAUGAAAGUAGUGGAAUUAUCGAACGAUGAAUUAGAAAAAUUAGGCAAAAUUAAAAAGAAUGAAAUUCUUGCAGUGUCUGCUGAUAAAAGGUCAUCUGAAAAUAUACUCGUUGAAGAGUUGAAACGGUUUUUUGUGCAAGUCAAAGAACAAUCGAAAUCGGUGAACGAUGAAAUCAAGGAAAUAACUCGUAUCGAAAUGAGACAUGAUUUGAGUAAACAGCAAUUGUUCAUGACCAUCAUACGAAGUUUAUAUGAAGAUGCAAGUUUUGAUGUAGUUCAAAAAGACUUGCUUACCAAAGAAAAAUUAUUUAAAACGUAUAUUCACUCGAGUCAUGAUCAGGUUAUUUUCCUUGGAUGUUGGGAAAAAUUCCUUCUCCAACGUAACACUAAUCUUAUUUCCAAAACACACGUGCUUUUCAAGUUAUUCUACGACAGAGACUUGAUCGAAGAGGAUUCUAUAUUGGAAUGGUAUGAUCAAUCGCCAAAAGACAACAACGAAGUGAGAAAGAAAUUCUGA